CUGCCCCUGUGGCCGUCACGGUAGCUCCGCGGCCCGCCCUUCCUGCUGUCCCCGCCGCAGCCGUCCCUGCUCGCCGGGGGCUGCGGGGGGCGCGGCGCUGGUGUUGCCUUCCUGCCCGGUGCACGGCGAGGUUUCCACACUUGUGGUUCUUUGGAUUUGUUUUUUUUUCUUGGAAAUGGUAGGUCUAGGAAGCAGCUGCCGAGGGAUGAAGUCUCCACCACUCCUCAUGGCUGCACUCGUGGCAUGCAUCAUUGUUCUGGGUUUCAAUUACUGGAUUGCAAGUUCUCGCAGCAUGGAUCUGCAGAGUCGAGUCAUGGAUCUGGAAGGCAAAGUCCGGAGGGCGGCAGCGGAGAGGGGCGCUGUAGAGCUCAAAAAGAAUGAAUUCCAGGGGGAGCUAGAGAAGCAGCGACAGCAGAUUGACAAAAUCCAGUCCUUGCACAGCUUUCAGAUGGAAAAUGCCAACAGAGUACAUCAGGAAGAGAAGGCAAUACUGCUGAGUAACAUCACAGUAAAUGAUCGAUUGAUUCAGAAUCUGCGAGAACACUUGAAAGAGUUACAGACAGAAUAUGGAAAGCUGCAGUUGGAUGUUUACUGGUUUCAGAAGAACCAGACUAACCUUCAGAGGAAGUUCUCAUAUGACCUGUCACAGUGCAUCAACCAGAUGAAAGAAUUAAAAGAACAAUGUGAAGAAAGGAUAGAUGAACUUACAAAAAAAGGCAGUGAUGUACCACAAAUCAAAGAAAACAAAGAGUUCUCAGAAGAUUCAAAAAAAUAUAGCCAGGUCAAUAUUCAGCUGCCAGCCUUGAAGCAAACCGAGGUCAAGCAUGCUGACUUGGAACAGCAGAAACCCAGUGAAGAUGUACCUAAAGUAGUACCUACACUAAGACAGGCAGACUUGAUGCAGGCUAAAGAAAGAAUAGAUGGCCCAGCUGACAUCAGAAAACAGGAGCCUAAGGCAGAAGAGGAGCAGCUUUUUAGUCAAUUGAAAAAACCACAAGACUCCUUCAAAGCUGCUGCAGGUCACAAGGAGAUGCUACCUGAAUCAGAGAAGGAGCCAAAUCCAUCUGAAAAUAAAAAACAUGCAGCUGGGCAAGACGCGUUACAGCCAGCACCAGAGCAGGCUGCCAGUGAGGAAAUUGAGAGGGAACAGCUCCUAAAUUACGAUGCUAAGCAGGAUGACUUGUCCCCAGGAAAGGCCGACAAACAGGAACAUGAAGCAAUGAACCAGGACAAGGAUGUUGAUUACAAUUUAGAUGAGAAUGAAGCUGAAUCAGAAACAGACAAGCAAGCAGCACUUGCAGGGAUUGAAAAUGUUCAAAACCCUGAAGAUAUGAAGAACCACUUAUCUGACCUUGGUGAAGGACGACAGAAGUUGUGAACAGAUGAGGUUCAUGAUGCAACUUAGUCACCUCUUCAUCUAAAUGCAGUAAUGAUGAGAGCAAAGGGAUCUGAGAAUGUUCUGAUUACCUUCUCAAUGCUUGAAUAAGGGCCCAAAGGAAGUAGUAUCUUCUUGUGAAGUUUUAGUACUGUUUUCAGUGGGAAAAAAGUAAUCUGAAAUCUCUUUAGAGGUUAAAGCAGUUGACCUCUGCACUGACUCUCUCCUUCCUACAGAUUAUAAAAUUGAAAUCAACUAGCAAUACAUGUAGUAACUUUGAAGUUGGAUAGUCUUACUGCAGUAGUGGUAUAUGUGGAUUGUGGGUACAUAAGGAACAGUCCUCUGCCAAGGAUGGAUCUCUCCCCUGAUCAAUGCACAACAGAGAAAUACCCAGCCUUGUUUUAGGAACUUAAGAGGAGCUAAGCCACCGAACAUGGGAAGGAUGAAAAACAGUCUAUGCUGCAAUCUACUCUUGUGCCUAUUCUAGCACUUCUUUACUGCAACACAAAUAUACUCGGAAAGCAGAAUGAUAUAUUUUACCUGGGCCUUCUGAAUUAAAUUUCCAGUUUACACUGUCUGGAUGAGGUCUAAACUUGGAGGUUAAAAAAAAUUCAAAACAAUUCUGACAAUAGUGCCUUAUUUUUCAGAGAUUACCCAGGAAGAUUUUUCUCAAAGCUUUGUGGACUCUUGUUCACAAGUUCAGUACUACAGUAUGAUUCAGUUACCAUUACCUUGCACAAGUUUAGCAUAAAAAUUCAAACUCACAAACUUUCCAUGACAGAAGUCCUCUGCGAUGGUGUGCCACAAGCACCCUUUACUCCACCCAGCCACUAUCUUCUGCUGAAACAUAGGAAGGCAAACGCUUGCCUUGUAGAACAGCAAUCAUCUCCGCUGUUCACCAUGAAUAUUCUUCUGUGCUGGACUUUUGAAGGAGGUAAACCAGACUAAGCAUUUAGAAGACCUGGCAGUGAUUCCUACAGGUGCAGCUGUAGUCCUUGUAAAGUCCUGUGUUAUUCACAAUCUAUCAUCUUGUCAAUGUUCGUGUCUUGUCUUUUCUGUCAUUUGUUCAGUGUAAACUAGAAAACAGUUUACUCGCAGUAAGCUAGAAAUAUCCCCUACUUACCACUAGGACACCUUUUACUGAAUGUUGCCAGCUGUUUUGGAGAAUUUUUGUAUUUGUGUCUGUGCCCAAGACCAACAUCUUGUGUUUAGAGCAAUUUUUUGAGCAUGAACCAACCUCUGAAACAGCAGACAGCCAUGACUAACUUGCCAACCAGCAAUUCCAUUUCAGAAUAUAUAAAUUUGCCUUUACUUUCCCUUUCAUUUUGUAACUAACUCCUUUUGUGAUGUGUCAUUCCUCAGUAUACUGCUUUACAACUUCUGAACCUUAAGAUACCUAAAUAUGCAAGUGGAAGGUUGACUCUUUUGUGUAUGAAAAAAGUAUUAGUUCUCAUCAAGUGAAGGUCAGAGCUUAAGUCAAAUGGAGCCUAUUAGGCCUAAACAUAGAAACAGUUCACUGAGUUUUUCACCAUCUAAGUCAGACUUAACUGGUCUGGGCUACUACAGUCAACACAGCAGGGAAAAACAAAUGCUUGUAAGCAGAAGAGAAGAUGUACGAGCAUCUGUUCUGGUACUGGGAAACUUGGAUUAUUGGGAUUUUUCUUUUGUUGCAAAUAAUGGCAUGUUUUAACAUCAAAAUGUUUACCCAUAUUCUGGCUAAAUUACCCAUCUUCUCAGCGUUUUCACAGGACUUUAUCUGUAAACAGUUAUGCCUCUCAGAUUAAGUUGAUCAGGAAUUUGAUACUGAUUGUUAAAAAGCGUAUGUUCUACGAGUGAAAAACACACAAACACUGUAUUCAAGUUGAAUUAAUAGCUUUACCAUUAUCAAGUUAAAAAUCCCAAAGAAAAACUACUUAGAGUAAUUAGUAUAUUGCCAGAGACUUCUUUUUUAAAAUUGUUUUAGCUGUAUUUCUGUACAUUUUGGGGUUCCUCCAAGCCACUGGGACACUGUCCUCCAUAAACAAGACCACCUUUGUACCAGGCACACUUGUAAACCUGUGAAAACCUGCAUAAAAGCAAUGUUCAAAAGCAUGAAGGACUAUGAUUUUAUUUGCAAUGGCUUCAAGUGCUACAGGAAUAUAACUAGGGUGACAUUACUUCUUUUCUGUGAUCAUCUUGGCAUUAAAUUAAAUCCUUGAUUUUUUUUUUAAACUAAGCCUGAGUCCUUUUAAGUAAGCAUUUUAAAAUUAAAAUAAUCUUGUCUAGUG